AUGGAUUCGUCAUCCAAUCCACCCUUCUUCGUCCAAUCGUCCAACUCGGCUCAAUCGGAGGGUAACGCCGGCGCUGGACCAUCGGGGGAUAGCUACUCUCAGGCUCUUCAUAUGCAGGCGGUGCCACCUCAACGGGGGUUUGGGCCUCUGGUCAACGUGGGCGGAUCCAAGGCGGCACGAGCGGGUUCGCCGCUGAGAGAUGUAAAGUUGGAACCGGGAUCAGCGAGACCAGCGACCUACAGGUCAUCGCAUUCCCCUCAAUCUCUACAUCCAUCCACUGUCCCUCGGCCACUAGCGCUCCCUACCGAGCAGAAGCCGAGCGUUUUUGCGUCGCCCUCCGUAUCGUCUCGAGCGACCUCUGUCGGUAUACCAGAUAGCGUCAACGGCUUCUCCUCUGGACCACCUAUGGGCAGCGGGCUAGCGUCGACUAUACAGAGCCGUUCGGAUCCGCCGAGGCGUCUGAUUGACGUGGAUGUAUUGCCCGUAGGAGAUGCCCCCAUGGAGGUUGUCAAGGCCACACCACAUCGAAAUGUCUUGCUGCUCCAGGGCGAUCCACAGGUCAUCAGCAAACAGCGGGUCGAGACUGCUAUUCGCGUAAUAAUGGAUCUCAUCCGCUCAAUUCCCUCAACUCCCACAUCCGCACCCCUGCCUCCAGAUCUUUUCAACAUCCUCCCUGCCGACAACACCCUCGCCAACCUAUCCCUCGAGCGCGUCGGCUGCUUCAGCGGGCUUCGGCUACAGCUCGGCACGACCACCAAGGCAACGGCCAAGAAGCAGCUUCAAGCGGGCAAGACGCCAGAGAGGGAGCUGCUAUACCUGGAUGCGGCGGUGUACAAGUCGGAGGAGGGCGGACGGAGGGUGUACGCGUGCAAGCGAUGUCGGCUGAGGGAGCUGCGGCGACGAGCGAGCAAGGAUGCUUCGAGGAAGAAACCAUCGUUGGGUGGCGAGGCGAUCACGUCUAUGCCUCAGGUACUGCCAUCCGGGGCUACACCGGGUCCGGACUACAUUACAGGCGCCAACCCGGAUCAGUACGAUCCCCAUCGGCAGGAUCAGGUGGUGGAGGAGCCGGGAUUUGACCCUGAUAGGUCGGAUUGGCGCCAUGAGAUUGUGCUCUUCAAUUCGGCGCCGGAGAUGCCCAUCAAGGAUGGGAGCUGUAUGUGGCUCCCGUUCAGGGUGGUGUGCUAUGGGAAGUGCCACGGAGAGAAGGUCGGAUUCAAAAUCAAAUUCACCCUUCGCACGAUCGAUGGCGCGGCGGUCUUUACAGCCACUACCGACCCUAUCCGUAUAACCGACGACCACAAGACCGACAAGAAUCCGAAGCCCAAGGUAGUCUCUCCUGCGGCUUCGCAAGCGCAACCGGCCGUACCGCGUCCCCGGAAAGGCCGAGCGAGCGCCGCAUCCUCACGCAGGCAGUCGCCGGUAGCGUCGGACGCGGAGAGCGGACAGUCGUUGUCGGAAGCUGGGGCUAUGAUGCAGAAGCAGACUCCUAGCGUCCGCUCGAAGCCUUAUGAGCGACCGACUACGCACUCCCCGGCGGUAUCCAUCGGAGGUUUGCCUUUUGAUUUCAACGUCAAUGGGACCGGUCCCGCCCCACCUCGCUUCCACCGCCAGCACUCUGCCAGCUCGGUGCACUCUCUCACCUCCUUGACCCCUCUUAAUCCCCCUCCCAAUGCCCCACCAACAGAUACCGGAGUCAACCUCGGCCUCUCCUCCGCGCGCCCCACUCCUGCCGACUUUAUCAACCUCGAACCACUUCCUGUCACCGGCACGGUCUCUCCUGGCGCACUGCGUCAUCCCAAUUUCGCCAUGUCCAACUUCGACUCGUACAACUACUCCUCUCGCCCUCACUCGGCCGCCUCGUCCAACGUCGCCAGCCCCGUCAAUGGUCUCCGCCCGCUCGGUGACGACGUCAUGAUGCACGGGAGCCAGCUUCGGUCGCUCCAGCCAAACCCGCUCUCGAACGCGUUUGCCAGCCUGAACGCCAUCAGCGCCCAACAGCAGCAGCAACAGCAGUCGCUUAUGCUGUCGGACUACCUGGCGGACCAGGACAUGGCGCAUACGCUCAACUCGGCAAUGGAUGGGCUGUUCGAUGCGUCGUCCCAUUCGUCCAGCUUCAACGACGACGCAUCUGGGUUCUCCGGAUACCGGGACAGCGCAUCAGGCCUCUUCUCGGAGAGCGGGCUUGUCCCAGAUACAGGCAUGGAGUUCCUUGACUUCUCGGGUGGGGAGGACCAAGGUCUAGCCCAGCCGGCAUUUGACCAGGUCUCUCCCGUCGGCGGAGCGCCUAUACCCCCCCUAUUCGACCUGGAACUCUCCCAUUCCCCCAUUCAAUCCCAGCGCCCUCAGCCCAACUUCGCCAACAUCCCACCACAGCCCCAGCCGACCGAAGACCAGCUGCGACAGAUGCUGAUGUCCUUUGGCUCCCAGGCACAGGCUCAGGCGCAGCCUGUCCCGCCCCAACCGGUCGUAUCGCACGUCAUACCCGCCGAAGGACCCCUAGGCGGCGGCGUCCAGAUCGCAGUGGCAGGUCAGCGGUUCGUGCCGGGCAUGACUGUGAUGUUUGGCGGGAGAGCCGCCAAGACGAUGGUCAUUUCGGACAGCUUCUGCACAUGCGAGCUUCCGGCCGGGCCGGAGCCGGGCUUUGUGGAGGUCAGCGUGCAGGGAGCGAUUGUGGCGCCAGGGCAGACGGUGGAGCAGUUCAGGUAUCAGGGGAUGGACAAGGAAAUGAUGAGACUGGCGCUAGAGGUCAGAGAUCAGUACUCGGGCUCUUCCAGCGAUGCGGCGUAUCGCCUUGCCCAGCGGGUCGCCCAAUCAUCUCACAGCGGCAACUCGAGCGAUCGGUCUUCAGCCAGCCCGAUGGCGUCGGGCGCAUCACCAACGUAUCUCAAUUUGUCUACCACCUCGUCUACUUUCACAACCGAGGACAAAGAGGACGAUCUCCAGCUCACCGUCAUCAACUUCCUCGCCUCUAUCGACGAGCAUGCUCCGGGCUCGCUCCGCCGUUCCGGCGCCAUCAACACCCGUAAUACAGCCCAGCAGACCUUGCUACACAUCGCCACAGUAUCGGGGUAUCACCGGCUCGUCCGGAGGCUGCUCCUCAUGGGCGCCCAGGUCGACCUGCAGGACGUCAAUGGCUUUACGGCGCUCUCGUUUGCCGCGCUCUGCGGGCAGGUCGCUUGCGCUCGGGUCCUCAUCGAGGCUGGAGCAGCGUACGACCUGCCUACCGCCUUCGGAGAGAUGCCGCUCGAUCUUGCCAAGUCGGGCGAGAAGGAGGGUGUCGAAGCUUUGCUGCUCUCGGCGGUGUGGUCGACCUCAUCGGGCACGAUCAAAACGGACACGCCUGCACUUCGGUCCCAGCCAAGCACCGCGCCAGCGCCGGAACCGGAGAAGCUUAAUGAGGUCGAUAAUGAUAAUCCCUCCACUUCCGGUAGCGAUACUGCGGGCGAGACCCCGCUCGCUCAGCCGAGCGCUCGGCGUCUCAGUCCGAAAGCGCGGGGCAAGCAGAGGGAGACUUCCACUCGCUCCUCACCUCGGGCGUCUCCGCCUCGGCAAGCGAGCCCGCCGGCCACGGCUGACGUGGCGGACCUCACACCCCUGUCCACGUCGACUGCUAUACCCCUCCCACCUGACAGUCCACCGCCAUACGAGCCCGGUCCGAACCGAGCGCACGAAGCUCCGCUCGUAUUGGAGACCAAGCCCGCGCGGGGCGAGAGCAGCACCGUCGCUCCUCCUGCUCCGGCAUUCCAUACCCUUGUCGAACUGCUCUGGAAGAGUCUCCCGCUUCACCUCCUGCCCGCACCGCUCACAGAGCUUUUGGACGAGGCGGUCUCACCGGACGGAUGGGCGGUACUUCCCCCUCCGACAUGGGGAACAUUGUACAAGCUCACCAGCCCAGACGAGGUCAAGCUGUUUACUCAGGCGCUGGCGGUACAAUUCCUGAAUGUGCUGGUGCAGCAUCUAGGAGGGAUAGAGGGGUUGGACCUGGGGGACCAUAGUAGGGCGUCGAUAAGGCCGGUGGACGGUGAGGAGGGACAAGGGGAAGGCAGUAAUGCGGUGGCCGAGAACGGAAAGAAGCGUGGCAAGAGGGGCAUGACGAGAAACGACACGAUGCUGUACCUCUUCUGGCUGCCCGUCUUGAUGUUCGUGGGGUUCUGGCUAUUCGUCACCGCCCUGCCGAUCGUCGCGGGGUUAUUCUUGAUCUACGGGAGGCAGAUGACCAGCAGGGUGAAGUGA